CUUUACCAAAACAGAACACCAAGAGAUACUGAUCUCUGCUCCCUUAAACACAAAACACUUGUGUUUGCGUGCUGUCGAGUACAUCUUCUGUCAAUAUCCUAAUGGCUUCAACAACUCAACCUCAAGGCGAACUCCAACAAACAUCUUCAGAUGCUUUUACUGAAACAACUCUGAGACACAAGACUUACGUCCUAAAGGUAUCUGCUUACUGUAAUGCGUGCGUCAAAAGAGUGAACGAAAUUUUGAAGACUAUUGAAGGUGUAUAUAUUACACAAGUCGACUUUGCUCAUCAUACUGUCACGGUGCAUGGCAACGUGGAAGUUGAAACCUUGAUCAAGGGUCUCGCGAAGAAGACGAAAAAAGAUGUCAAGGUUUUGUGGCCUGAACGGAAAGCCAAUCCCAAAGAAGUGCGUCUGAGCAAACCCAAAAGCAAUGAAGAACAUAGUGGCUCAGUCGAGACAUCAGAGGAAGCGAAAGAAAACCAAGGCGGCGGUGAUGAGAAAAGAAAGGGGAAGCAGCCAAUCAAGGCUGAGGUUGUUGAAGUCAAGGAGUCUGGAAGUACUAGGAAAAAGAAUUUUGAAGCAGGUAGCUGUAGUUAUAGCAUGGAAAUUGAGGAGGAGGCACAAACCAGCAACUUGCCAAGCCAGUUACCGCUGGUGGUGGCUGAGAAGCAGAGUGGGGUUGCUGAGAGUGAAGUUGUGGGUAAGAAAGCAGGAGGUGGAGAUGGCAAUAGCAAUGGGAGUGGUGGUGUUGGUGGCGGCGCUAAUGAAAACGUUCACCUAAUGGAGCAGCAGCCGUACUUCACUCCAGUGCAUGGAUUGCAUUAUCAUGCAGCAUUGCCCAACCCUAGCUAUGCCCAAGAGUCUGCUUAUUGCGAGACUCCGACGUAUGCCCAUUGGGGUUUGGGGAGUGAGCAUGGUUGGACUCAUAAUUUGGACGACCUCCCCCUGCCGCCGCUGCUGCCGGUUCAGCCUCCUCAGCCCUAUCCACCACCACCACAUCCUUACAGUUCCUCCGUAUCAGCUGAUACAUUUGCAUUUUUCAGUGAUGAAAAUGCUAAUGGGUGUAGUGUCAUGUAG